AUGGUGGUAUCAUCUCUCCUUCCCCAGCCGAAGGGAAAAGUAGCUCGCUCGAGGGGGAAGAAGGUGGCUCCGCCCCCUGCGGUGGCCAGGAAAGCUGAGCCUAAGAAGAAGGAACAGAACCCUCUGUUCGAGAAGAGGCCUCGCAAUUAUGGCAUCGGCCAGGACAUCCAGCCGAAGCGAGACUUGAGCCGUUUCGUGCGCUGGCCAAAGUACGUGCGGCUCCAGCGUCAGCGGGCGAUCCUGUACAAGCGUCUGAAGGUUCCACCACCCAUCAACCAGUUCACACAGGCACUGGACAGGCAGACAGCCACUCAGCUGUUCCGCCUCGCUACAAAGUACCGCCCCGAGACCAAGGUCGAACGUAAGAAGCGUCUGUUGGAGCGUGCUAAGAAGCGUGUGUCCGGGAAGGAAGACGUCCCGACAGAACGCCCCCCUGUCCUCCGCUCUGGUGUCAACACGGUCACCACUCUGGUGGAGUCCAAGAAGGCCCAGCUGGUGGUCAUAGCUCAUGACGUCGACCCUAUCGAGUUGGUGCUGUUCCUGCCAGCCCUUUGUCGGAAAAUGAACGUUCCCUACUGCAUCGUGAAAGGGAAGGCCCGUCUGGGCAGACUGGUGCACCGCAAGACCUGCACCUGCGUAGCCUUCAGUAAAGUCAAUCCUGAGGACAAGGGACAACUAGCAAAGCUGAUUGACGCUGUCAAGAACAACUACAACGAAAGAUUUGACGAGAUCCGGCGGCACUGGGGCGGUGGUGUCAUGGGCAACAAGUCCCUUGCCCGCAUCGCGAAGCUGGAGAAGGCCAAGGCCAAGGAGCUUGCUCAGAAGAUGGGAUAGACAUCCACAGAUUUAUCAGAGAAGCUCUAAAAAUGUAAUAAACAUUUCCAUCCCAAA